GUCGGCGGCCAUAGACGCGGUUUAUCCGCGACGCUUUAGAGGCUUCUUGGCGUAGUGGGAGGUACUUGGAUUUUUCAAAAUGGGUGAACCUCAGCAAGUGAGUGCACUCCCUCCACCACCAAUGCAAUACAUCAAGGAAUAUACAGAUGAAAACAUCAGGAAGGGUCUUGCUCCUAAGCCGCCACCUCCAAUAAAGGACAGUUAUAUGAUGUUCGGCAACCAGUUCCAAUGUGAUGACCUUAUCAUCCGCCCUUUGGAAAGUCAGGGCAUUGAACGACUUCACCCUAUGCAGUUUGAUCAUAAGAAAGAACUAAGAAAACUAAAUAUGUCUAUCCUUAUUAACUUUUUAGACCUUCUAGAUAUCUUAAUUAGGAGUCCUGGAAGCAUAAAACGAGAGGAAAAGCUGGAAGAUCUAAAGCUGCUUUUUGUUCAUGUGCAUCAUCUUAUAAAUGAGUACCGACCCCACCAAGCAAGGGAAACACUCAGGGUCAUGAUGGAAGUACAAAAAAGGCAGCGCCUUGAAACAGCUGAAAGGUUUCAGAAGCAUUUGGAACGAGUUAUUGAAAUGAUCCAGAAUUGCCUGGCUUCUUUACCUGAUGAUUUGCCCCAUCCAGAAGGAGGAUUGAGGUUAAAAACUGAGCCAGUAGAUAUGGAUGACAGCAAAAAUUGUAUUGGACAGAAUGAACAGCAAGAGAAUUCUAGUCACAGAAGAGACCAGAUUAUAGAGAAAGAUGCUGCUUUGUGUAUCUUAAUUGAUGAAAUGAAUGAAAGGCCAUGAAAUCUUUUUAAAAUUUGUUGUACAAACUUUGGGGGUGGGGGGAGGCGGAGGCGGGACAGGGUUAUGUAGCCAAAAAUUGUAUGACAUUGUCUUGCUUGAUACUCUUGAAACUUGUAUAGAAAUAUAAAUUUGCCUGAUCAUGACAUUAUGCAUUUAAAGGUGGAAAAAAAUUUUUUUCAAACAAGUUCUUAGCUACAGGUUAACACAAUAGGUGAAAUGUUGCCUAAUGGCUUGAGCUGAAUUCAGAGAUUUACUUCUUUUUAAAAAUAUAAUACAAUUGGAGCCUUCCUGAAGAGAACUGAAUACAUCUAAGUUGGGUUGCAGUUCUCUUAAUUUAAUUUAAUUUUUAUUUUAUUUUAGUUGGUCAUAUACAAAUAAACUUUCAUUUGAGCUACAGAAAAUGCUCCAUAACAUGUUAGAUUUUGUAAUUAACAUUUAAUUUAAAAGUAAAUUUAAUAAUAAUUUGAGUAGUUUUUUUUCAGUUGUAGUUUGUAUUCAUAAAAUUCUAAUCAGUAAAAUAUCAUGACGUAAAUAUUUAUUUUAAAAGUUCAUAAUUUGGAAAUCACUUUCCUAAGAAUAAAACACUUGAGUGGACUGAAUUCAAA